AUGGCGGGCCACAAGCGGCUGUUCCAGCCGGGGAUGCUGGCCCCUGUGCCGCAGGGCACGAACUGCGGGCCCUGGUACAAAGAGAAUCUGCCGUCCAAGUGUUUGACCAAGCACAAGGACUGGCUGAAGUCCCCCACCUCCCUGAACGGCCGGCGCUGGGUAUUUGUGAGAAAGGGGCUGGACGACUUCAGGAAAGGCUGCCCCCCGCCCUGCAAAGGUCUCAUCACUCGGGGCCCUGAGGAAGGCUUUCUGCCCCGGAUUUAUCACAGAGCCCCACGACCUGCCCCAAAGAAGAGGCAGAACAAGUUGCCCAAGGAAGCAUCCCUGUCGUCCAAGCUCUCUCCAGCCCAGCGGGCCCAGGAGGCGUUCCUCGAGGAGGUGGCAGCCCGCCUGACCCCGCACCCCUUGGCUCUCUACCCGAAUCUGCAAGAAGCUAUGCCUGAAGAGCUCCUAUUAAAGGUGCUGGAAGUACUUGAUCCUGGCAGGAAGCUGGAGGACAUGUGGGCUUAUUGUCAGGACACCAGGAAAAGAAUGAAGGAGCAAAAAAAGCUUUUAAAGAAACGUUCUACCCAAGUCUACUUGGGACCUCCCAAGAAGACUCCUGUGUCACAUUCAGGCCAAUGGCUUUAUGAAGAGCUGCCAAUUAAAAUGGAUUUGCUCCAUGAAGAGUGUCCUCUUCUUCAUGAAAAUGGAAGCUCGAACAUUGAUGAAGACUUCAUCCUGAAGCAGUUUGACAUUGACUAUCAGAGCAAACCAAGGCAUGACGUGCUCCACACCAUGAGGCUAAACCAGGUUCCUCUGGAGCUAAAGUGUGGCAGGGGCCUACAUAAACCGCAGGAGCCAGAAUUCUUCCAGAAACUGGACUACAAGAGGAAACUCCAGAAACCACAGAAUCCUCAUAAACCAAAGUGGGUGAAGAUGCGGUAUGGAGCAUGGUAUCUGAACACCAGGUUGUGGAAAAAGCAAAGAGCAGAUGAACCUUUGGUUGACCCCAAGGUCUCACAUAAAGCUCAAGAUGAGAAUUUUAAGAAGGAUCUGCAGGAACAGGAGGAGUUACUUGCAGACCUUCAUGGGACAGUUGCCUUUAAGGAUUUCAUUGUAAGCAGGGGCUACAGGAUGCCAAGUUUCCUCGAGAAGAUGUAUAUUGGGAAGGAAUAUAAAAAGACUCCUAUAAAACUAACUCAAGCAUAG